AUGGUGAACAACAUGGAGGUCACCAUCAUUUCAAAGCAAAUUGUAAAACCGUCUUCCCAGUCUCUUCACCAUCUCAAACCAUACAAACUUUGUCUCUUCGAUCAGCUCACUCCUGUCACUUAUCCUUCAUUGGUCUUCUUCUACCCCAUUAUUGCUGAACAUCCAAACUUCAACCUCCCCAAAACCUUAACCCAUCUCAAAAAUUCACUCUCUGAGACCCUCACUCUGUUCUAUCCAUUCUCUGGAAGGACCAAAAACAAUACUCUUAUCCAUGAUUUCCACGUAGGGCAUCCAAAAAGAGUGAUAUAUCCCGAUCUUCCUCGAUCAUCAUCCUCGUUUCCACCGAGAGAUUGGCCUCAGAACCAGUUAGAUUUGAUGGAUCAUUUGUGGUUCAAAGAAAGCAAUUACAUCACUAGAAGGUUCGUGUUCAAUGCGAAAUCCAUAAGUAACUUGAGGACCAAGGCAAAAAGCCAAAGAGUCCCAAAACCAUCAAGGAUUGAGACAUUGACUUGUUUCAUUUGGAAGCACGCCACGGCUGCUUCUUGGUCGAUAUCAGGAUCGCCAAAGACUUCGGUGUUGGUACACGCGGUGAAUUUGAGGCAGAGAAUGAAGCCGCCGCAGUCGUUGGAUGCUUGUACGGGGAAUUUGUUCUGGUGGGGAACAGUGGUCGCUAACCCUUCUUCAGAAACAGAGUUGGAGCUGAACUAG